AUGAACAGGGAAUGGGAGAAUGGCUUCCAGAAGACUGGGAAACAGAGGCCCCAAGAAAGGAAGUCUGCAGAGGGCAGGUGGAGGAUGAGUGGAGGGCCAGUCAGAAUGUCUAACACAAGCGAUUCCUUCUGGGAUAAAGCCCCCCUGUGCUGUCAGCGGGGUCUGAGUUCUACUUCACCGUUGGGGAUAUGGACCAAAUCCUACAAAUCAGAUCCACGCAUCGCCCUCGGAAAAUACUCCCCCUUGGAAAAAGAGAUCCUACGGCUGGGUGGUGUCCACACCAUGGCGGCAAGGAGAUUUCUGGCCCACAAGCAAGAGGAGGAGCGGGAAAUGCUCAAGGAGCUCCAGUCGCUGUCUCCGGACUACAAGCGGGCGCUGGAGUUCGGGACACAGCAUCCCCGUCCCUGUGCUGCCAGCAGGCCCCUGGGAAAACCGUGGACGGCCAAGGUGAUCGUGCCCCCAGAGGAGUUCAGAAUGCCCCAGCGCGAGAAGCUCACUGUCAUCAGGCACGUAGAACGGAUGCAGCUUGCUCGAGCCCUACGGAAUAAGCAGCUGUUGCCCUACAUUGAGAGGCUCAGGGGCUCUUCAUCUCUGUCUGGAGGGGGCCUGGGCCCAACGGCAAAAGACAAGACCAGGGAAGACGAGGACAGCGAGGUCGUGGCUUUCUACGACUCUGCCAAGCAAGAGGAGAGAGGCGAGGCAGAGAACAAAGCCACAAGCAGACGAGAAAUAAAAAUGAACGUCAUCUUCAAGUCAGAAGAACCGAAACAAUGUCUCACAUGCCAUCCAAAUGAUCAGAAACCGUUCUUCCCCACCAAGAAAGCGGAACGGUCCAUCACUGGCCUAACCAACCGAAAUCUUUUCCGCUUAGCUGAGUUCCCUGGUGACCUAAUGCUGAUGAGUCAGGAUUUUAUUUCCCGGGGAGUCCACCCCGCUGAUAUGACAAAGGCCAGCCUCCUGGGGGAAGACAGCGUCUGGAAAGGGUACGUGCACAAAGCUCUUUAG